AAUCAACCCUAAAUCAAUCAAUUAAUCAUCAAUUCAAUCAGCCAUGGUAGGAAGCACAGAGAAAUUGAUCAAUCAAAUAAUGGAGUUAAAAUUUACAUCGAAAUCCCUUCAAAGACAAGCGAAAAAAUGCGAGAAAGAAGAGAAAUCACAGAAACUUAAGAUCAAGAAAGCCAUGGAGAAAGGUAACAUUGAUGGAGCUCGAAUUUGCGCAGAAAAUGCUAUUCGUAAACGUAAUGAGCAGAUGAAUUAUCUUCGUCUUUCUUCACGACUUGAUGCAGUUGUUGCACGGCUUGAUACUCAGGCUAAAAUGCAAACUGUUUCUAAAUCUAUGGGUUCCAUUGUUAAUUCCCUCAAUUCUUCUCUUUCUACAGGUAACUUGCAAAAACUAUCAGAAACAAUGGAUCAAUUUGAGAAACAAUUUGUCAAUAUGGAGGUUCAAGCUGAGUUUAUGGAGAGUUCAAUGGCUGGAUCAACUUCUCUUUCGACUCCUGAAUCAGACGUCAACAGUUUGAUGCAGCAAGUGGCUGAUGAUUAUGGUCUGGAGGUAUCAGUUGGACUUCCUCAGCCUGCUGCUCAUCCAGUCCCAACAAAAACGGAUGAGGCAAUCGAUGAGAAUGACUUAUCUAGGCGCCUUGCCGAGCUUAAGGCCAGAAGCUAAGCUCAUUGAACCUCCUUUACACUUUUAUUCUGCGUAUUUCUUGUGAAUAAGUUGAAUGUAUUGCAUAUUAAAAGUUUUGCACAAUUGUGUUGUAUAUAUAAAUGGUAGAGUGGAUCACAUUGCACUGUUGAUUACUAAUACAGAUAACUAUCAUUGAGACCAAACACAUGAUCAUAAUUGCAAAUGAUGCUUGUAUAAUCAAGACUAAAACGGCAAUCGCCAAUCAUAAUUCUUCUAGUGCAGUCUACCGACAAUGUCUAGCAAGACCACAUAUAUACUACUACUUGGUUUAAGAACCAUUCUUACAAUUAAAUUGUUCUUGAACGUUUAUGAUCUCACGACGGGAGGCAUGGCCGCUAACACUGAUUAAGUACUCUUCUAGAUAAACCAGCUUUGUCUAGCAUAAACAACUGAAGCUGCUAAGGAAACUCAGUCGAUGCAGUAGAUUUAAAGCUACCUUUAUCUGGCAUACACUAGAAAUAUAGAAGGUAGUUUCUGAUAUCCGAUAUAUUGGGAACUCGUUAACCAGGGUAGGGGGUACCCGAAUUUUCCUUAGCUUGCAGCCACUUUUUCCCAAACGUGCUAAAUCAGGAGAGAAAGUUUACCGAGUCCACACAUCACAUACUUGAGCACCAAAGCGAAACAACAAACACAUAAUCAGAGUACUAUGUUAUUCUUUGCUUUUGCUCCACAACUCCAUCUUUCAAAUUCUAAGUCCGUUCAUCACCACAAGUUUACCUAUGAUUCUUCCUUUACCCUUUGAAUUUUCUCAACAGUAUGGAGUAGAUUAUUCAUUAACCAUCUCUAUAUCGACUUAACCCCCAAGAAAAGCCAGAAAUCAAGCUAAGAACAAGUUAGGAAUAGCUACUUGGCUAACUUAUUCCAUACUUGGUUCUUUUUUCUCAAUCCAACCAACCAACCAAAAAUCCUCCUUGCUUUGCUUCUCUUAACUGAAUCCUUUCCAUCUGAUCAAUUUGUGUGUGUAUAGAUUUAAUGGCCACAUACAAACUUGAAGAAACCCCUACUGUGUUUAUUUCUCCUCAUCCUGAUGACAAGUUCACUUACACAAUGGCACAGUUCAAUAACGAACUGCAUCUCUUAUCUAUCCUCCGCUUAGCGAACCUAAAAGAAGACAAAUUGAUUGUAUAUGGAACUGAAAUUAAAGAACUGAUAUUACAGAAGUUGUAUGAGUCUCUUCGUCUAGGGCCAAGAUUAGGUAAAAUUUAUGUAAACUGUGAUGGGGCGUGAGGACAUGUGGAUUUAUUAUAAACCACUUCAAAGUGUUAUUUUCGAUUGGUCUCACUUUGGAGUCAUAGUUCCAAACUCUGUCAAUGACUUGUUGAGAAAACAAGUACAUCUCAAAGAUUUAGAUGUAUUAACAGCAAAGAGAUUGAGGAGCUCAAAGAACAACUUUCUUCGACUCAAAAGGAUGGAGAAGAUCAGUAAAUGGAGUUAGAAAAGGUACGUAAACUACUUUCUUUGAAGGAAUUUGAGUUAGAAACCAAAAAUGUCGAGUUUGAGUUGUGUAAAGAGGAGGUAAAAAAGCUCUAUCUCGAUCUUUCUACUUGUGAAAAUGAUUAUGAGAAUACAAUAAUGGAAUUACAAAGGGUCAAGAAGCUCUAUCAUGAGGGAAUUGUUUUUCAACAUUUUUGAGUUAAAGUCUACAAAGAAUUUGUUGGAAGUUUCUAAACAAAAGGUAAAGGUGUUGGAGGAACAAGUUUUUAAUUCCAAGAAGGAAAAGGAAGACAUGAAGAUGGAGCUUAAAGAUAUUACUACCAAGAAGGAAAAGGAAGACAUGAAAGUGAAGCUUAAAGGUAUGCGAGACCAAGUUUCUUCCAAUAUUUUCGAGUUAAAAGUCUACGAAAAAUUUGUUAGAAAUUAUUAAAGAAAGGGAAAAAGAGUUAGAGGAACAAGUUUUUACUUUCAAUAAGAAAAAGGAAGACAUGAAAAUGGAGCUUAAAGAUAUGCAAGAUCAAGUUUUUACUACCAAGAAGGAAAAAGAAGACAUGAAAAUGGAGCUUAAAGAUAUGCAAGAUCAAGUUUCUUUAGUUGAAUAUAAAUUUCAAUCUACUAGAUUUGAGCUAGAAUUGUCCAAUAAAAAGAUUAAAGAUCUUGAGUGUCAACUAUCUUGUAAAAUAGAAAAAGAACUUUUGAAGGUUCAAGAACAUCUUUCUUUGACCUUGAAUGAAGUGCAAGAGUCUACUAAAAUAUGGUUUGAGUUUAAUGAGAAGGUGGUUCAACAUUUGAAAGAUCAAACAUUUGAUGAAUGUUAUAUAAUUAAAGAAGUUGAAGUUAUUGAUGAUUAAUUGUUUUUCUACAUUACAAGUAAAUGUUUAUUAUCAUUUCGAUAAUUAAAAGUUUCU